UAUCUCCAUUAAGAUAAUAACCACUUCACCUUCAAAAAGUUUCAUCUUUUCCAAAUUAGGGAAACAAUUUAAUAAAACAUGGAAUUAUUUAGAAAACUAAUUGUAGUUACUCUUUUUUGUCUUAUCAUAUUUUCCUUUGGAAUUAUUCACACAGCUAGUGAUGCUGCUCAUUAUCAGAAUAAUGUCAAAGACAAACAAAAAGAUCAAUCUCCCACACAAAUGCUAGAAGAAGCCUAUUCUAUGUUGGUUACAUCUUCUUGGCGUUCUUGGGAUAUGGUUAAGUCUUAUAUCAAUCAACUCCAGCUUAAGUAUUUUCCUCCAAAUGUAGAUUUUAGGAGCAGGGAUGAUGGCAAGGCUAAUGGAGGUGCUGGAGAGAGGAUGAAGGAGGCUACUCAGAAGAGUUUUGAAAAGAGCAAAGAGACAGUGGAAGAAACCGCGAAAUUGGCUGCUGAGAUGAUGGAGCAGAAAGUGCAGAAAACAGCUGAGAAAGUGAAGGAUACUGAAUCUGGAGGACACAAAACAGCUGAGAAAAUAAUGGAUACUGUCUCUUCUGGACAUGAUGAGCUCUAAAAAUUAUAUGUACCAAGAAAACAGAGAAAAACCUAGCUUUUCCUCCUUUCACUUCUGUAGUGUAAUAUCUUUACUCUUUUUUUUCUUUCUAUAUCUUUUAUAGCAUCAUAAGUUUGUCAAUUUGUCUACAAUUCAAUUUUGAUUACUGUAAAAGUUCACAAGAAUUAGGGAUAACUGAUUGGACUUUGCUUAUUGAA